AGGACGUGCGCUCGCUCCGGGCCCAGGGGCCUCUCUCCCUCCCUCCCUCCACCAUGACGCGGACGCCGAGGUUGGCAAAGGAUCCAAGGCUGCCCAGGGACUUGUUGCGCAUCUUGGUGGUGUGCGUUCACAUCACGCGCCAAGGGGCCGGCGUUGCUGAUGGGGACUUCUACCCGUUCGGGCUGGAAGCAGGAGACAAGGAGACCCCCAAGUCCGACGAUGGCGGCUCUCCAGAAAUCCAUCUCUCAUCGCCCUUCACGUACUUUGGCAUCGUUUACCAUUCCCUCUACGUGAACAACAACGGGAUCGUGUCCUUCCGAGUCCCCGUGGGCCAGUUCACGCCGGAGGGCUUCCCCCUGAGCGACGGCCGCGCCUUCAUCGCCCCGUAUUGGGCCGACGUCCACAACGCGCUGGCCGGCUCCGUGUCGUACCGCGAGGCCCUCCAGGGGCCCCUGCUAGCCCGGGCGGCCGCCGACAUCCAGCGCGGCUACGGCUCCCGCUCCCGGCAGCCCCUCGCCUGGGGGUUCGUCGCGACCUGGAGCAACGUCACCUUCUAUGGCGGCAGCGAGAGGACGCCUAUUAACUCCUUCCAGCUGCUGCUGGCCUCCAAUGGCAACGUGUCGUUCGUGAUGUUUAAUUACGGGGACAUCACUUGGACGACCGGAACGGCGAGCGGAGGGGACGCGCUGACCGGGCUGGGAGGAAAGCACGCGCAGGCCGGAUUCAACAGUGGCGAUGAGGGCCGAUACUUCACUCUUCCCGGCUCCCGGACUUCCGACAUCGUUCACGUGCAAAACACGAGCAACGUGAACAAGCCGGGGCGAUGGAUCUUCCGUGUCGACGGGCUGGAAGUGGACCCAGCGAAUGGAUGCAAUGUAAAUGGUCAAUUCCACAGAUACGGAGAGAUGUUUUGGACGGACGAGGCCUGUUCCACCAAAUGCAGCUGCCUCGACAGCUUCGACGCCCUCGCCCCGGACUCGGUGGCGUGCGUCCAGGAAGCCUGCGGCGCGCACGAGGCGUGCGCGCCCGGGCCUGGGGCGGCCGCCUUCUCGUGCCGCGCCACCUUCACCGCCGCCUGCGCCUUCUUCUCGGGCGCGCACGCGCGCACCUUCGACGGCGCGCUGCUGCGGACCGGCGGCCGCAGCGACUGCAGCCACGCGCUCGUGCGCCUGUGCGACGAGGAGCAGCAGGACGAGGCGUUCAGCGUGGAGGUCGUCACCCAGAGAGGGGGGCGAGGGCGGGCGCUGUCCGACAUCACCCGCCUCACCGUCGUCGCGUCCGCCCUGCGCAUCGCGCUGAGCGCGGGGAACAGCGCUCACGUCAGGGUGAACGGGGCGGUGCGCUCGCUGCCAGCGCUGCUCGACAACGGCACCGUGCACGUCUACCCCAGUGGCUUCGGCACCGCUUUAGACACCAGCUUCGGCCUGAAGCUCUCCUUCGUCUCAAACCACCUCGUCUUCGUAUCGCUGCCUGGCCGAUUCUUUAACAAGACCUGCGGAAUGUGUGGAAACUUCAACAACGACACUGCCGACGAUUUCCCGAGGGCGGAAUUGAAUUUGACCGCGGAGAGCGAGAGGCGAUGCGCCGCGCCCUGCACCGGCAACUGCUGCGACUGCAGCAGCGAGAGCCACAAGCGGCUCCCGAAGCAGCAGACCUGCGGGACACUGAACCGCACAUCGGGCCCCUUCGUCGACUGCCACGCGGCGGUGGAGCCCGGCCCGUUCGUGACGAGCUGCCUGCUGGACGCCUGCCUCGCGGCGGGCGGCAACGGCUCUCGGGGGGGGCAGCAGCAGGAGGAGGAGCAGCAGCGCCGGGCGGUGUGCCGCGUGCUCGAGGCGUACGCUCUGCUGUGCCAGGCGCUGGGCGCCAGCCUCCAGCCCUGGCGCGUCCACACGCCGUGCGGCUCCGCGUGCCAGGAGCGCGGCGUCUACGCUCUGUGCGGCAGCGCUUGCUCCGACUCGUGCGGCGACCGGACCGCCGCGGCGCGCUGCGCUGGUCCGUGCCGCGAGUCGUGCCGAUGCCCCCGGGGCUCCGUGCUGGCCGAGGGCCGCUGCGCCGACGCCCUCGAGGCGUGCGGCUGCGUGCACCGAGGCCUCUACUUCCCCGUUGGCCAGGUUGGUUGUGCGCUGCGUGGGGGGGGGGGGGAUAGCCGAACCCGUCCUGGUCUUCCGCAGGACGGGGAAUGUAGCCGCAGGUGCACCUGCGGCUCCGGCGGGGAGGUGCGGUGCCAGGAGCUUCAGCGGUGUGCGCGCGAGGACGCCUGCCACGCGGACGCCGCCUCGGCGUGCACCCUGAGGCCCGACUGGACUAUUGCCACAUUCGAUGACGCUUUGCUGAGGCUCCCCAAAUAUUCCGGCUUCGUGCUGACGAGGCUGUGUGAUUAUUCAACGCGUCCAGAUCAAAAUAUGGAUUUUCAAAUCGUCAUCAGUGGAAGAAACCAGCCUUCGGACCAACAAAAUACCAUCAGCGUUGACGUCAAUAUUUUGCACUAUUCUCUCAAUAUAACACGCAGCAGAAGUGGGAUCUUGGUGCAGAUGGACGGUUCCCCGGUAUUGCUGCCUCUUAGUUUGGGCGGUGGGAGUUUCCAGCUGUACGAAAUGGAGUCUGGCAUGACCGUUUCGGCCACCAAUGUGAAAUUACAAAUCACGUUUUCUGUCAGUGGCAACGUGGUGGUGUGCGCGGGGGAGAGGCUGCAGGGCCUGACGUGCGGAUUGUGCGGCAACUUCAACGGCAAUGCGAGCGACGACGCCUACACUCCUGAUGGGGUUGUUGCCGAUAACCUGGAGGAAUUCGUCUUCAGUUGGAGGCGAGGCAUCAUAACCUGCACGGAUUUCUGCAAGGAGUUCAAUGCCUCGUGUCUACUGGGCGAUCAGCACGGGGAGCAGGCUUGCCUCGUUCUGCUGGGGACCUCCCACAACCCCUUCGCGGCGUGCCACAGCACCGUCGACCCACGCCCGUUCCACCAACGGUGCCUGCGGGCGGCCUGCCUGUCCCCGCGCCCGCAGGCCGGGGUGUGCCGUGCGAUCGAGGCCUACGAGGUCGCGUGCGGCGGCAUCGGCGUCCGUGCCGAGUCGUGGCGUAACGCCACGUUCUGCCAUGACAAACCACAUUUGGAUCAGAUCAACGCGAGCAGCCCUCUCUCAGCGACCAGGAUGCCGGAGUCUACGGUCGGAGAGGAGACCACGUCUGCUGCUGAAGUGGAGAGACCACCAGAACCAACAAACUUCAUCAUCACAGACUCGCUGCUGGUGGAGGUCUCGUGUUUCGCGUCGCACAUGGAGGUGGUGCUGCCCAGGCUGGCGCUGUCGUGGCACGGCUACAGCGUGAAGGAGGUUCACCUCAACGACGAGCGGUGCACCCCACGCACCUCCCCCAGGGCGUUCAGGUGGCAGCUCGUCGCGUCGUACGGCGCCUGUGGAAACACCAUGAGGUCAAACACGACGCACGUGGCGUACGUCAACACCAUCCGAAUGCGCACGGCGAAACAUGUCGAGGACGCGGUGGUGCGAGAGACGCUCGUCAAUGUGGAGUUCGCCUGCGCGUACGAGCGCGACAUCCGCGUGUCGCUGAACACCAUCAUACAGCCCAUGACCAGUGUGAUAAACAUGACCCUGCCCGUUAAGAAGGGAACGUUCGUGGCCAGGAUGUUGCUGUACGUCAACGCCAGCUACCGGUUCCCGCACGACGCCGGGGACCUGCUGCUGUCCACCCUGGACACCCUCUUCGUGGGGGUCGUCCUCAAAGACGAGGGCCUCCAGAUAUUUCCCGACAACGGUCGCACAAAAGCGCACUUGGUGCUCGUGCUCAACGAGUGCUGGGCCACGCCGGGGCCCAACCCUGCGGAUGACACGCGGUACACCAUCAUCCACCACGGGUGCACCAACCCGCGGGACAGCACCGCGCAGGUGGAGGAGAACGCGGUGUCGCAGAAGUGCCGCUUCCACGUGAAGGUGUUCCGCUUCGUGGGGAACCAGACGGAGAUCCACCUGCACUGUGACGUCUCGCUGUGCGACGCCAUGGAGGCGGCGUGCACCGUGAAAUGCCCCACAUCUCGCACGCUGCCGAGGUGGCACUCCGAUGUGCCCACAGUUCCUGAACAAGUGCUGUCGAUUGGCCCUAUACGGCGGAGAGGUGCGAGCUCGCCAGGAGAGCGGCGUGGGCCUGACACAACUCUGCUGUGGAGUCUCUCUCUGCUGGCGCUCUGCUGUCUCCCAAGAGACUGAAUAUUUUCUUCGCUGGAGACAAUGUUUAAUUUAUGCUAUACACUUUACAUUACAAUUGUUACAUAUGUUAUUUUGCUGUGAUGGAAAGUACCUGGAAAAUGAUAAGUUUGGGUAAGGGAGAUGGGAAAAAAAUCUAACGAAAACGCUUCUAAUCGACAAAGUUAAGUAUAUAUACGGUCUCCAAAUACACAUCACUGCCACACAACACGCCUUGAGCCCAACACUAAUUAUAAUUAUUUUCUGAUUAUGCUCGUUUACGCAGGAAAGCCUCACUAAAUUCGUGACUCUUUUUCAAAAUGCUCCUGUCCAGUUAUCGCAGGAGGGAGUGAUGGUUGAUAUUGUAGAUUCUAUUGGAGAUAAUUUACAGUGUAACUUUUCAAAUGUGGCAAGUUUGGACCGUGAUGCAGGCACACAAAAGUAACUAUUUUGCGAAUGUCAUCAUGGGAUCGUGAACAUCCCCUGUGAAGGAGAUGGUGCGUGGUAUAGGUAAGGUUAACAAACACAAAGUAUUAAUCAGGGCGGCAGCGAGAUUCAAACUGCAACAAAUGGCGAAUGCACUACCUCGGGGCCGCGUCAUCGCCCACGUGACACUGAAAACGCACCGCACGGUCAUCUCUCGAUUGCAACGAGCGCGACUCUGCCAGGAAAUAUCAGUUUGAAAUGUCGUGUUCUCAAAUAACGCGCCGAGACCAAUGGAGGGGGGGUGCUGGAUCCGCCACUGACGGCACGGAGGAGAGUUUGUCUGUCAGAGCUUGUGAACAGUGAGGUUCUCUCCGAUGAUUCCAAACUCCCAUGGGACGCCUGCUGAGACGUCGCCGCAGCACACCGGUGGCGAAGCACGGACGUCGAGAGCCGUGAGUGUUGCACGGCAAGGCGUCGGGAGAGAGCCCUGCCCAGGUGCCAGGACCAGUGACAGAGAGAGAGCGAGGAGGCGUAAUUGGCAGCGACAUAAAAAGAGAUAUGCACCUUGGUACAAGAGGCAGACUGGAAGUGGAGGAAGAGCGCUCAGGCUGAUGGCGCUAAGCGGGCGAUGGUCCCUGCCGAGUCGGGAAGAGGGGAGCCGUGGGAGCCGUGGGAGACGUGAGAUGCGCGGAGUGGCAGGCGCCGAGUCGAGCUGUGUGGGGAAAGUGCUCUCGGCGAGGACCUGUGGAGUCCGGCACGGCACGCGAGGUGGUGGGCGGCCAGCACCACGUUCGGCCGCCUUUGUCUCACCAGUGGCCAUGUUUACACACCACACCAGAUACUCAUUUGAAGUUGAGUCGACCUAGGGAAGCCCAGGACCAGUUCAGAUAAUCGUCAGUGGUGUUGGCCAUGAGCAGGAAUCGAACUCGGGUCGUUGGGUUCAUAGCAUCGCGCGCUAACCACUGCACCACUGUUCCCCUUCAGGGUUAUGUACACACACACAUAGGACUGAGACUUUUGUCCUGGUUAGUUCACGUGUAUUGAAGU